CAGAGUUUCGGUGUUCUCAGGUUAGAGCAAAGUGUUUUUGAUGAUAAAAAUCUCUCCGGAUUUCCGUACUGCAACGAAAGAAACAAAGCAAUAAGGAUGAAUUCUUGGUUCAGCCUGGUGCUAAUGUGCAGUCUUGUCCUCAUCGAGUCACUGAAUGGGGCUGCCGGGAAUGCGAUUCCUCACAACAUUCCUCACAACCAUCUUCAGAACCUGGAAAAAGCAGUGCACACUGUGCAAGAGUAUUAUGACUUAAAAAACAAGCAAUGGAUGGGACGUGCCGUGUUCGCUCCCUACUUGGGCAAGACAGAGACUUGCACAUGCGAGAAGCUCAUGCUCGUGGCCAUGUUGAACUCCUACGUGGAAAUGUUUUCGGACAUGAUGAAGAGGUCCAAGGAGAUUGAGGCUAGCCUGAAGGGAAUACAGGCAAACGUGACACACCUGCGGGAAAGUAAAUACAGCAAAGAGCAGCAUGUGUUGACGCAACUUCAGGAGAUUAAGCUCAAAAACGUGAAUGACAUGACAAUCCAGGGUGGAGCGAUGAACGACUUUCUCUCUGUGUAUGAUAUGGCGUAUAGACUUGGACACAAAAAGCAAUAGUUUGUGCUCACAAUAGGAGACUUUUUUAGCACAGAAAGAAAUCAAACUCUGUUUUCUGUGCUCUUAAAACAUUACUUUUGUGCCUUUUUGUUUCCUAUUUAUCUUUUGUGCCUUUUUUGCUAUCUAAUUUAUCAAACCUUAUUUAAAUAUAACUGAGAUGUAAUGUAACAUAUUUAUUUAUCACAAAAUGUACUGUAAAAUCAUAUAAUGCAAUUUACUCAAUAUGUAACUUAUUAUGGCGUGCAGGAGUGUACUUUGCUAAUGACUGUUCAUCAAACUCAUAUGUGACUCAUACAGUUGUGACAGAACUCUGUAUAUGUACACAAUAAACCACUAAUCUUGGCAUUAA